UACGUGGGCACGCGCUCGAUCGCAAUCUAUCCCGUCUCUAUCCCUUCGCGCUCUUUCUCUCUAGCAAAACUCGCCGGAUUGACUCUGGGAGACGACAACGACCACCAUGUCGGACGAGGAGCACCAUUUUGAGUCCAAGGCCGAUGCCGGAGCUUCGAAGACUUACCCUCAGCAGGCCGGUACUAUCCGUAAGAAUGGUUACAUUGUCAUCAAAAACCGUCCUUGCAAGGUUGUGGAAGUUUCAACAUCCAAGACUGGCAAGCACGGGCAUGCUAAAUGCCACUUUGUUGCUAUUGACAUUUUCACUUCAAAGAAGCUUGAAGAUAUUGUUCCAUCUUCACACAACUGUGAUGUUCCCCAUGUUAACCGCACAGAUUACCAGCUCAUUGACAUCUCUGAAGAUGGAUUUGUGAGUCUGCUAACUGAGAAUGGCAACACUAAGGAUGACCUCAAGCUUCCAACUGACGAAAAUUUGCUUACACAGAUCAAGGAUGGAUUUGCUGAAGGCAAGGACCUAGUUGUGAGUGUGAUGUCUGCCAUGGGAGAGGAGCAGAUCUGUGCUUUGAAGGACAUUGGGCCCAAGAGUUAGAUUAUUUCAGUGUCAAUUUUAGACUCUGAACCAAGUUGUUGCAAAAUUUGUUCUGCCAAAUUCCUCUUUAUUUGAAUAACUCCAAAAAUAGUUAGGCAAGUUUGGAAUGUCGUUCUGUGUUCUGUCUGGUUUUUAACUCAUUGUAUUUCGCUUUCAAUUCAGUCAUUUACAAUUUGGUCCUAACUGCAACAAUUAUCUGUAUACAUCCAGUGACUUCACAUGUUAAAUUUAUAAAGUUUGAUUAAUUAUAUUUUUAAAA